CCCAUCUUUUCUUUUGCUUCUACUCUACCUUUUUUUAUUAUUUUAUAAACAUGCUUACAUUACGUUCUGCCUCAGCUUGUCUCAAAAAGCGCGUUCGAUAUCUCGCUACCAUGACUCGUUACUUUCCUGAUGAACCUAGUCAGCCUACGGUCAAGACAUCCAUUCCUGGUCCAAAGUCAAAAGAGAUCAUGUCUCAAUUGAAUCAAUAUCAAGACACGAGAUCUAUCUUCUUUGUAGCAGAUUACGCAAAAUCAAAGGGAAACUAUAUUGCAGAUGCUGAUGGAAAUGUGUUGCUUGACGUGUUUGCCCAGAUCGCUUCAAUCCCUCUUGGUUAUAACCAUCCCACAUUCCUUGAACUGUCUCAGGAACCUCAGUUCCAAACUGCUAUUGCAAACAGACCAGCUUUAGGUGUCAGUCCAAAUAUCGAUUGGGUCGAUUCGGUUAAAAGCGCUUUCAUCUCGGUUGCUCCAAAGGGUAUGUCGAAUGUGUUUACGGUCAUGUGUGGAUCGUGUGCAAAUGAAAAUGCGUUCAAGACAGCAUUCAUGUACAAGGCAGCAAAGAAAAGAGGUCAAGCUGAUUUUAGCGUACAGGAGCUGGAAUCAUGCAUGAAGAAUCAAGCACCUGGCUCUCCUGAGGAUAUGGUCAUCUUGAGUUUCCAGCAAGCAUUCCAUGGUCGUCUCUUGGGUUCCUUGUCUACUACUGCAAGCAAGGCUAUCCAUAAAAUCGAUAUUCCUGCAUUCAAUUGGCCCAAGGCACCUUUUCCAAAGCUAAAGUAUCCCUUGGACGAACACAAGGAUUACAAUAGACGGGUUGAAGAAGAGGCAUUGGAAGUAGCUGAUGCGAUAAUGAGUGAAGGAAAGGUGGCUGGUGUCAUUAUAGAGCCUGUUCAGUCCGAAGGUGGCGAUAAUCAUGCUUCUCCUGAAUUUUUUAGACAACUGCAGGCUCUUUGCAAGAAACAUGAUGCUCUCUUUAUCGUAGACGAGGUCCAAACGGGCGUGGGAGCCACAGGCACAUUCUGGGCACAUGAAGCAUGGAAUUUACCUACGCCUCCUGAUAUUGUUACAUUUUCCAAAAAAUUUCAAGCAGCCGGUUUCUAUAUGCAUUCACGUCUUCGUCCAGACCAACCUUAUCGACUGUAUAACACGUGGAUGGGCGACCCUGUCCGUGCGAUGCAGGCCGCUAGAAUUGUUCAGGAAAUAAAGAACAAGAACUUGCUGGAUAAUGUCAAGGAAGUAGGUCAAUACUUACAGGACCAUCUCAAGAAAAUUCCCAAGGUUGAAAAUGUGCGUGGUCAGGGAUCAUUUAUAGCAUUUGAUAUGGACAACAGAGAUUCUUUUCUGACAGAGAUGAGACAGCGAGGUGUUAAUAUGGGUGGAUGUGGUGAAAAGACGGUGCGAUUGAGACCUAUGUUGACCUUUCAAAGACAUCACGCUGACAUUUUACUGGACACUAUGCGAAAGACAAUUGGAUGCUAAUUCAGGCAAUGACAAAAAAAGAGAGAGGAAGGGCACUCUUCUUGACAGCAUCCCAUGUUGCCUUUUUUGACUUGGCCAAUUGUUUGUGGAAAAAUGGUGUAACAUGAAAUAAAAAGCAGACUACAACUUGCCUCUUUUCUUUCUUUUUUCUUUUCUC